CCCGGGCUAGACUGAAACUAAAGCUAAAGGAUGAAAUAGCUGCUGCAACUCCGUAUACUCAAUAUAAAGACAAACAGUACACACUUUUAAGCGUUUUUCUUCCUCAAGACCGCAGUUAACUUACACUUAUUCAAAACAAUCUGCAAUAACUGGAACUUUUUUUUUAGUGUUUUGCUAAAUAUCGAUCUAAAAAAAGUGACACGAUACAUUUAUGAUCAUAUGGACGUAAUCUUAUUGCGUGCUUUUUUAGACUUAACGUUAUUUUAUUUUGCAUUUAAAACAUCUUGCACUGUGCAGAAACAGAAAAGUCCAUAACAAACCGCUUAUGGUUUGGCAAAAUAUAUAGCCUAAUAUUCUGUAAUAUUUAUAAUGACAACACGGAAAAGAAAGAAGUCAUUGUCACCUCAGUCAGAAUCUGCCAGCGAUCAGACUGAUGGUGAACCUCUCAAGAGACUCAUCCAGUGUCAGUCUGCCACGAAGACCGUGGAUCAUCAUCUCAGCCCUCAUUUCUCAUUGAGAGAGUCCGUCAGACUGUGUUACAGCUUCUUCAGUCAGCCCUGCGCUGAUCUGGCAAAGGCCUUUCUCGGCAAGGUGUUGGUGAGGAAGCUAAUUGAUGGCACUGAGCUCAGAGGGAGGGUUGUGGAAACCGAAGCAUAUUUGGGUGGAGAGGACAAGGCGUCCCACUCAGCAGGGGGAAAACGCACGGAGAGAAACACUGCCAUGUUCAUGAAGCCUGGGACCAUCUACGUCUAUCCCAUCUACGGCAUCUACCUCUGCAUGAACGUCUCCAGCCAAGGGGAGGGGGCGGCGGUGCUCUUGCGCUCGCUGGAGCCUCUAAGUGGUCAGGAUGUCAUGAGGGGCCUGCGAGCAGCCAAACGCAAGGCGGGAGCCAAAAUCCUUAAGGAAAAAGAGCUCUGCAAUGGCCCGUCCAAGUUGUGCCAAGCACUAAAUAUACAGCGUUGCUUUGACCGCAGGGAUCUGGCCACUGACACAGAGGUGUGGCUGGAGAGGGACCCAGAACGAGAGACUGUUAGCGCUGGAGAGGUGGUGUCGGUGCCCCGGAUAGGAGUCGAGUCUCAUGGCGAAUGGGCAACCAAACCGCUUCGCUUCUACUUGAGAGGACACCCGUGUGUGAGCGUGCUGAACAGAGAUGCAGAGCGUCAGAUGCAAUCCUCCAUUGAUCUUCAUAACAUUGAGAUGGAAAGGACAGUCUGAUCAUGAAAUGUUGUUUAGUGAUGAAAUCACUCUUUAAAAGGAUAGUUUGAUAAAAAAAGGAAUCAUUUACUCACUAUGUCAUUCCAAAACUGUUUUUUGUUAUUCUGUAGAACAACAAAGGAUACGUUUAGCAGAAUGUCCAAGAAAUGUCAAAAAAUGACAAAAAGACCUCUAAAAGUAACAUGACUUGUUUAUAUUCUCUGCAAGUCUUUUAAAGCCAUAUGACAGCAAAAAGCUGAAGUUUAAAGUUGUUAUUCAGCAAUAAUCUUCUCAUCUUUCCUCACAAAGCUAUCCAGUUGAGAAGAAUAUAACACACAAAUCUGUUGCAGUGCUCGUUUUGUCAGUUUUGGAGC